AUGGCUCGCGUCACCAGACAAGCAACCAGAAACACGCUCAAGCCUAAGAAACCUGGUAAACGUCAAAGCCGCAGAAAGCCUAUUCCAAAGGUGGCAGUCCAGGAAGAGACGGCUGGUGAAUCAGAGACUGAAGAGUCCCACGAAGAGUCCGACGCGCGGGUCCCUGAGAAAAAAGACCAUUUGAAAAAGUACAAAGAACGGAUUCAACCCGAUCCCAAGCAGCGUCGUUUUGAAACCCCCAUGCUGCACUUCAACCCUGACACCCAAGUGUUUAAGAAACGCGAAGAAACAGCUACUGAGAACAUGGCGGCUGUCGAUGCCCGUGAUGUCACCUCGGGCCACCGCGACCAAGACGACUGGAGUCUUGAGAACCUGCCCGACAUCCUGUAUGUCCUGCGUCCCAAGCCUGAGAACGCGAAGUCCCGCCGUAAGGUUCACAUGACAGACCAUAUGAUCUUCGAAAAGAAGGUCAAGAACUUCUACACCCUGCCCCCUCGCAUUUCGUCUCAAGUUGAGGGCUUUAGACUGGAAGCCUGGUUUCGUCUGGACCGCCGCAUCAAGCCCGAGGAUAUCCUGGACCGUGUGAACCCCAUGUUCAGACACCUCAUCAGCGAGGAAAUCAUCGAAGGGCGCAGAGAGAGCUUCCGGCUGGCCUACAAUGUUGCUGACUGGACGUCCCAGAGAUCCAUCAACGCCGUGACGCGCCAGGUCAAGAGAGAGGGUUUUGACGUCGAGCAGAACACCACCCGUGGAGUCACGCCCGGCUUGAUCGAUCCGGCCAAAGGCGAAGCCGGUGGCCGGGUUGUUUUCGACCCCGCUGCGUAUCAGCACCAGCCUUCUGCUAUGGAUCAGGAGCCCCAGAUACCCGAGGCGUGGUUUAAGAUGUAUCGGUUUCACACUUCGUCUCCCCAUACGCGCGAGGGUGCGGCCGACCCCCAUCAGACGUCCAUCCCGCAGCAGCACGGCGUCAAACGAGACAUGGAGACCGUCGAUGCUCAGCUGAUGCGCCUCGCCCACUCGCACAUGGCUGCCCCUGUCCCGAACCAGGAUAACCGUGUCAACCAGCUGAACCAGAUCAAUUACUUUGCUGCUCCUGGAUCGGCUGUCCCGGUGAUGGGUGGCUCCUACGUGGCUUCUGGCCAGCAGAAGUACUACCCACAGGUUGCGCACGCGAACAAUCCCAUGAUGGCGAACAAUCCCAUGUUGGCUAAUAAUCCCAUUCAGGCGAACUAUCCUAUGCAGACGAACAACCCCGUUCAGGUAAGCCAUACCAUGCAGUCGAGCCAGCCCAUGCAGGUGGCGCCAGCCCAGGGAAACCCCACUCAAGCCCCCAAAAUGGCAGGCCAGGCUCCCGCACCCAAGAGUGCUAUCCCCGCCGCGAAUGCCAAAAAGAGACGCACGCGUGUGAAGCCCAAUGGUUCACCCUUCCUAUCCACAGCGGCCCUCCCUGCGCCUGCGCAUAUCGGCCCUGCUUCGGCCUGUAUGGCUCGCUCCGGCACACCCUACCAGGCGCAUGUCGCUCAGGUGAACCAGUAUCCUGCCCCUGCCCCCAUGAAUGGAUACCAGCAGGGUAUGUUCUCCGCGCAUACGACCCACGCUGCUAACUCUGCUGCUACCACUCGCGCUGAGACGGCCUCGAGAAACGUCCGUGCCCCGCAGUUCUCGUCUGAGCUGUAUCCGUUUUUCGAGAUCUUGAACGGCAUCGGCGUCUCUGACCAGGGCGAUGCGUUUGGCGGGGCGAACGCCCACUCGAACGCCCACACUGGUCAUAAGAGAACGUGGGAGACUGGCAAUAAUGGAGUCCCUGUUCUGAUGGACAAGAAGAGAAGGUCCGACCCCUUCGGCAUGCGGUACCCCACUGAAGUCACUGAGCUUGCUGAGCACUCUGGCCCUAUGCCGGAGGAAUUCACGCAGACCGGUGACGAGGAUCUGAGUCAGGAGGUUAAUUUCGACGAGUGGUUGGUUGAGAGUGCGAUGAGUGCUGAUGGACAUAUUGAAUGGCGCUCGGGGAUUUGGCCGGGAAUAGGAGUGGAUCCGGAUAAGACGGAGGAAGAGAAGGAGAAGGAGAAGAAGGAGAAGAAGGAAAAGGAGGAUAGAGAGAAGGAGGAAAAGGAGAAGAAGGAAAUGGAGAAGGGGGAGGGAAACAAGAUGGAGGGAGACAAGGAGGAGGAGGAGAAGCAGGACAACUAG